CAUCUCUUUUCUGUGCAGGAACCAAAUUACUGGAUAAAAGUGCAUCGUCUGGAACACAGUGAUGGAGGAAUUCUUGACUGUGACGACAUCCUUUGUGAUGUAGCUGAUGAUAAAGACAGGCUUGUAGCUGUAUUUGAUGAGCAAGAUCCACACCAUGGGGGAGACGGCACCAGCGCCAGCUCUACUGGCACUCAGAGUCCCGAGAUCUUUGGGAGUGAGAUGGGCACAAAUCCUGUGUCUGCCUUUCAGCCUUAUCAAGCAACAAGUGAAAUUGAGGUCACGCCCUCAGUCCUUCGCGCAAACAUGCCUCUUCAUGUACGACGCAGCAGUGACCCGGCGUUAGUUGGUCUCUCAACAUCGGUCAGCGAUAAUAAUUUUACUUCAGAAGAACCUUCGCGGAAAAACCCCGCAAGAUGGUCCACGACGGCAGGCUUCCUCAAGCACAAUGCUUCGGGUGGGCCAAGGAAUCAUGAAAGAAAGAAAGAUGAAAAUUAUAGAAGCCUUCCACGGGACACCAGUAGCUGGUCUGCUAACCAGUUUCAGAGAGACAAUGCUCGCUCUUCACUAAGUGCCACACACCCCAUGGUGGACAAAUGGCUGGAGAGACAAGAAGAGGAUGAAGAUGGAACAGAAGAAGAAAGCAGCAGAGUUGAACCAGUGGGUCAUGCAGACACUGGUUUAGAAAAUACCACCAGCUAUUCUUUAGAUGAUAUGGUAAAGCUCGUCGAAGUCUCCAAUGACGGUGGACCCUUGGGCAUCCAUGUAGUACCUUUCAGUGCUCGAGGCGGAAGAACUUUGGGAUUGUUAGUAAAGCGGUUGGAAAAAGGUGGGAAAGCAGAACAAGAAAACCUCUUUCAUGAAAAUGAUUGCAUUGUCAGAAUAAAUGAUGGUGACCUUCGCAAUAAAAGAUUUGAACAAGCACAGCAUAUGUUCCGUCAAGCUAUGCGUACACCGAUUAUUUGGUUCCACGUGGUUCCGGCGGUAAAGAAAGAACAGUAUGAGCAAUUGUCACAAAGUGAGAAGAACGCUCAUUACUCCAGUCGGUUUAGCCCUGAUUCCCAGUAUGCUGACACUAAAAGUAUUAACCACCCUGGACUUCACACUUUACAAAGAAUACCCCGAGUGAACAAUCAAGCAGACGAGUCGGACUGUUAUUCACAACUACCUCAGAGUGUGAACUCUUCAGGAAAACCACCGUUGGGCCCGUCACCAUCACCACAAAAAGUUCUCAGUUCCACUUCAAACUCCGGCUACAGCACCAAAAAGGUCGGGAAGCGGCUUAAUAUACAGCUAAGGAAAGGUACAGAAGGCCUAGGAUUUAGCAUCACUUCAAGAGACGUUCCCAUUGGUGGCUCUGCUCCAAUUUAUGUGAAAAAUAUCCUUCCAAGAGGCGCAGCUAUUCAAGAUGGAAGAUUAAAGGCUGGAGACCGGCUCAUUGAGGUAAAUGGAAUGGAUUUAACAGGGAAAACCCAAGAAGAAGUUGUCUCCCUGCUGAGGAGCACCAAGAUGGGAGGGACAGUAAACCUUCUGAUUUUCCGCCAAGAAGAAACAUUCCAUCCAAGGGAAUUGAAUACUGAACAAACCCAGUCACAAAUUCCAAAGGAAACGAAAGUAGCAGAAGAAGAUCUUGUCCUUACACCUGAUGGCACCAGGGAAUUCCUCACUUUUGAAGUUCCUCUUAAUGAUUCUGGAUCAGCCGGACUUGGUGUUAGUGUGAAGGGCAACCGAUCAAAAGAGAACCACGCAGACCUCGGCAUCUUUGUGAAGUCCAUAAUUAAUGGCGGAGCAGCUUCGAAGGAUGGAAGGCUCAGAGUGAAUGAUCAACUAAUAGCGGUAAACGGGGAAUCGUUGUUGGGCAAGACGAACCAAGAUGCCAUGGAAACCCUGCGUAGGUCCAUGUCCACAGAGGGAAACAAACGCGGGAUGAUUCAGCUCAUUGUGGCAAGGCGAAUAAGGAGAUGCAGUGAGUUGGAAUCACCUGGAAGUCCCCCGAGACCAGAGCUGCCGGUUGAGACAAUUCUGGACGACAGGGAGCGAAGGAUUUCCCAUUCGCUGUAUAGUGAAAUCGAAGGCCUUAAUGAUUCGCCCACCAGGAAUGCUGCCUUGGGUAGGAUAAUGGGUAAAUACCACCUUUCUCCAACUGUAAACAUGCCCCAAGAUGACAUGGUCAUUAUAGAAGAUGAUAGACUGCCAGUACUACCUCCACAUCUUUCGGAUCAAUCUUCUUCCAGUUCCCAUGAUGACGUGGGCUUUGCAACAGUGGAUGCUGGAGCAUGGAGUAAACCAACAAUUAAUGAGUCCACAGAAUGCACGCUGAGUCCAGAUGUUGAUCCAGCGCUUGCCUUCCAGCGAGAGGGAUUUGGACGCCAGAGCAUGUCAGAAAAACGCACAAAGCAGUUUACAGAUGCCAGCCAGUUGGACUUCGUUAAGACACGGAAAUCCAAAAGCAUGGAUUUAGUAGCUGACGAGACUAAGCUCAGUACAGUGGAUGACCAGAGAACAGGUUCCCCAACCAGAGAUGUGGGUCCUUCAUUAGGCCUGAAGAAAUCCAGCUCAUUAGAAAGCUUGCAGACAGCAGUUGCUGAGGUAACGCUGAAUGGGGAUAUUCCCUUCCACCGCCCACGACCACGGAUAAUCCGAGGGCGAGGUUGCAAUGAAAGCUUCCGAGCAGCUAUUGACAAAUCUUAUGAUAAACCUGUAGCAGAUGAGGAUGAUGAAGGCAUGGAAACCUUGGAGGAAGACACCGAGGAAAGCUCACGAUCAGGCAGAGAAUCGGUGUCCACAUCUAGUGACCAGCCAUCCCAUUCUUUGGAAAGACAGAUGAAUGGCAAUCAAGAUAAAAGUGACCGGAAAAAGGUGGGGAAGGACAAGAAGAAAGAUCGAGAUAAAGAGAAGGACAAAAUUAAAGCCAAGAAAGGAAUGCUGAAGGGCCUCGGGGACAUGUUUAGGUUUGGCAAACAUCGAAAAGAUGACAAGAUUGAGAAAAUAAAAGUGCAGGAAGCUGUUACUUCAGAAGAGGAGAGAAUGCGAAUGAAGCAAGAACAGGAGAGAAUUCAAGCCAAGACUCGAGAAUUUCGUGAGAGACAAGCUCGGGAACGAGACUACGCUGAGAUCCAAGAUUUAAAUAGGACUUUUGCCUGUGAUGGAGAAUCGAUGUAUGCUGGAAUCCCUUCCUAUCAUUCCUCCACAAACAGCGGCACGAUGAACAAUCGCCCACAGAGCCCAAGGGAAGGGCCAACAGUGGAAGCAUUAUAUGCCCAAGUGAAGAAAGCUCGAAAUGCAAAGUCUUCACCUGCAGACAGAUCAGCUCCCAGCAACCAUGACCGGAUACAGCGGCUAAGGCAAGAAUUUCAACAGGCAAAACAGGAUGAAGAUGUAGAAGAUAGGAGGCGGACAUACAGUUUUGAACAACCAUGGCCAAAUUCAAAGACAUACUCACAAAGCGGCAGGCAUUCUGUAUCAGUUGAAGUUCAGAUGCAGAAACAACGGCAAGAAGAAAGAGAGAGUUUCCAGCAAGCUCAACGGCAGUACAGCUCACUACCCAGGCAAAGCCGAAAAAAUGCAAGCUCUGUGUCUCAAGAUUCAUGGGAACAGAACUACCCUCCAGGUGAAGGUUUCCAAAGUGCAAAAGACAACCCGAGGUAUUCCAGUUAUCAGGGUUCAAGAAAUGGCUACAUGGGGGGCCAUGGCUUAAAUGCACGGGUAAUGCUUGAAACUCAAGAGCUGUUGCGUCAAGAGCAGAGGCGGAAAGAGCAGCAGCUGAAAAAAAAGACCUCUUCUGAAGGGUCCAACAACUAUGACUCUUACAAGAAAGUUCAGGACCCGAACUAUGCCGUUCCCAAAGGUCCUUUCAGGCAAGAUGUACCACCUUCACCAUCUCAGGUUGCCAGGCUGAACAGAUUACAAACUCCAGAAAAGGGAAGGCCAUUUUAUUCCUGAGUCAAAAGAAGAAAGAUCAACAUCCCAUGCAAUAAAAGAACUGUUUCACAUGAAGAAACUGUGUUUGGGGAAUUUAAAACGAACACUUUUAAAAGUGUAAUUACUAAGGAAUCCUUGUCUGCUUCAGUGCCUUUAGCAAUGUGAACAAAGAACUGGACAGCCUUACGUCUUUGCCAUGGUGUCUCAAGUGUUAUAUUCUCAAAGAAUUUUCCAUCAUUUGACAAUCAUCUUCUAGGAAAGUGCUGUGUCUUAGUUAACAAGUGUCCUAGCUGAAUGUUUAUAUGCUGAAAUUCAAUUCUUUGAACACACAUGUUCACUAUUGAGCCCUAUAAGAAAGCUUUAUUCUCAUUUUUAGGCAAAACAGAAUGAAACAAAAAUUGUUAUUAUUAGAGAUGGGGCCAAAUUAACGCUGUGCUGAUGACAAAAUUUGUCAACAUGGCAACGUAGCAGGCAGGCGUCCACUAGCCCUGCCCCCCCCCCAGGCUGGAUGGUUGACUUACCUUGCUUUGUACACUGCUGGGAUCCUCCUUCUCCUGCGGCCAUCCAAUCCAGGCAGAAGAUCAGGCUGUCUGUCCCUGCCUCCUUCUCCACUGAGGAGGCGGGAUGGGAAUUCUGCCCAUACAACCAAUGAAUGGUUGGGUGCUGGGGGAGGCAGGGAUGGGUAGCCCAAACUCCUGCCUGGAUUGGAGCACUGCUAGACAAGAAGGACCCCAAUGGCACAUGACACAAGGUAGAUGGUCCAACCAGUCCGGGGGGUAUGGGAUAAGUGGACG